UUGAGCGUAGGAAGAUUGCAGACUAUAUACAUAAUCAUGGCCGCGUACUCUGCCUCCUUACCUCCAGCCAUGACACUCUCACGAUCCCAGCUCCUCGCCUCUGCGCAGGCUCUAUGCAACGAUAUCGCACGAAAAGCUGCCUUGCCAGAUCUCUUCUCGCAUUUCUCGACGAAGCACGAGAACACCGCGUACGAGCAUGGCGAGCCCUUCUUGGCCCCGUUUUUAGGACGAGCAUUCAAGGGCAGGAGCGGCCCCGGCUCGUUGGAAGCGUAUUUCAUACUUCUGGUAACGCAUCUCUCUUACGAGGACAUGAGCUUCGGCGAGUGGAUUGUCGAUACAGAGGCGAAGAAAGUAUCUUGCGUGGGCUCGGCCAAGUUCACAUGGAUCGAGGGGGCCGGCAAAGGCAACUCGUGGAAUGAGAAAUUUGUCUACAACCUUGACUUCGACGACGAAGGCAAAAUGAUAGGCUACCAAAUCUGGUCCGACUCUGGGGCAGCUUAUCUUGCUUGGAAAGGCGAGUUGAACUCGUUGCGCGAGAAAUUUGGGACGGACGCUUGAAGGACAGACAUCGAUGAGCUCACCCUCGGGGAUUGUACGAUAAACCAGCACACUCAGCCUGUAUAGGAUUACAUUCGGAAAGAACAGCUCGUGUACCGUCUCACGCUGUCUUAGGACACCGGAGCCGCUAAAACUCUUAAAUGCCUUUGAUGAUGGCAUGCUGUGGAGGUGGGA